AUGGAUCAAGCCUUGAAAACCCGAAAAUUGAGCUCUGUGUCUGUGCGGAGGAAAAAGUUUCAAGAGAGACAACAACAGCAUGCUGUGGAGAAAGAGAAGCUUCAAGAACACAAGAGCCAGGUUGUGAGGUAUGGCCAUACGGCAGAACAUGCGGAGGAGCCGGACGAUGCUUCAGCGGACGACAUGGAAUUGGACGUGGAACGGUUCGAUCGAGAAUCCUCCGUUGAAACACCUUCUGAGGGCAGCGUUCUAACGCCAGACGACACGCUCUUGAAUGGAACCGCAUUUGUCAAAUCGACCCAGCCCCAGACGAGUACCGCCAUGCCUCUCAAGAUCGAUAUUCCAGCCGAGGAAGAGGUCUUGCAAUUGGAAUUGGAUGAGGACCGUGUUGUUGUCCCCCCUUCACCGCGACCUGUCCUGCAAGCCUCACUCGCUACGUUGUCAGACUUCCGGUACGAUCGAUAUUCUUGCAUCCUAGAUUCACCGGUAUCGGAAGCCUUGAGUCCAGAUCUCGAUACCGACGAGACCUUCUCACCGAUCGAGACUGCCACCCCAGUUUCUUUCCAGCAACCCAAAUCGAGGCCGUCACUGAUUUCCAUUGUCAGCGGCCCUCGGAGAAGCAAGCGACGAACCACUUCCGUGCAAAGUCCUCUCUCGCCAACCGUGCCACGCACAUCAGAACGACCUCACAAACGUCAAUCGACGAGUAGUACAUACUCUUGUUUCCCUGCGGCGGAAGCGACGGUCUUCGAGGUCCCAGAUUUGCCUGCGAAUGCGUUUGAGCUCAUUGCCAAUGCGAGUCAGGAAUCUCUUCUAUCUACCAAGGAGCGCAAAUCUAAGGCAGACCGAAAAUCGAGUGUGCCUCGACUGUCGACUAAUCUUAGUCACACACGCAUGAGCAGCAUCAAAAGUCUGAUCAAAACACCCACAUCCGCAACACACCAGCGAUCGCUUUCAAGUCGCGCAAGCAGACCUUCGACGGCGAGUUUGUCAGGAAUGGACACUCUCCAUAUCAUGAAGAACCCGAUUUCCUCCAACAGCACCACCAAUAUUCCAUCGAUGCAACGACCUCCUACAUCAACAAGUCCGUCCAGCACGACGGCGGGAUUGAAUCACGCCAACAUGACGGCCUUACCUUCCCUACCCACACCACCUACGGAUGAAAGCGUUUCUGAUCCUCUCGGGGGCAACAAACCAAAUAUGCAAAGAAAGAAAUCUCUCUCGACACUACGCAGACGAAGUGAGAGCCUGGGACAAGCCAUCAAAGGACUGGGCAAGAUUACGACGAAACAUGACGUUCCAAUACCAACAGCACCAGCUGUGAUGACACCGAAGAAACAGCAGCCGCCCCCUGAUCUCUCCAAUUUCCCCACGCCUCCUCUACCUUCACCACGGACGGGCAAAAGUAGUGCUGGAUCGAUUUCUUCUACCCGGACGAGGAGUAGUGCAGUCAACAUUGGGUUGGGGUUGCGAAGUGUGGAAGGACUGUUGGGAAGAUGA